AUGGACCAGAACGCCCAGUGUAUUACAUCAACUAGAAGAUUCGAGGAGCAGAAGUCCGAUAUACUCCGAAGUGAUCCAAUCCGAUACCUCCUCAGCAAGCCUGCUUUAACCGGGAAGGUGGCAAGAUGGUUGUUAGCACUGGGUGAAUUUGAGAUCACGUGUGUAGCUUCUAAGGCGAUCAAAAGCCAAGCCUUAGCCGAUCUCCUUGCCCAAUUUCCAAGUGGUGACUAUGAACCAGUGAAUGAAGAAUUGAGAGGAGAAGUGCAUGCAGCUAUGGCUUCCGAGGAAAGCUUUUGGACAUUGAGCUUUGACGGAGCAACAAGAAGAGGGAAAGGAGGAACCGGGAUAGUCCUUACAAGAAAAAGUGGGGAAAAGUUAUAUUUGUCUUAUAAACUGGAUUUUCAUUGUUCGAAUAAUGAAGCCGAGUAUGAGGCUCUUAUUUUGGUCUUGAUAGCAGCUGAGAAGCACAGUAUCAAGAAGAUUCAAAUCCGGGGGGACUCAAAGCUGAUAGUGAAGCAAGUUUCAAGACAGUUCGUCUUAAAGGAGCCUGCCUUGGCCACAUAUCGAACAACAGUCCAAAGGUUUCUUGACAAAUUUUAG